CACGCAUGCGUACUCGGCGCAUGCUUGACGCGCACCAAGCUAGCCGAACAGCUAACCAUGGCUCAGCUCACAUACAGCAGACUGUCGCAUUUACUGAGAAUAUCCGUGAAUAAACCGUCAGCUUUACGAACGGGGACGGAGAUAAAACACGGGGCUGCGUGUUGUGUUCAGUCCAAACGCUGCCAGAGGUCGGUGGACAGCAAGGCGUUACAGGAGCGGCAGAAGCAGAUAAUGGCGAAAGGUCUUCCCAAGCAGAAGCCCAUCGCAGGGGUCAAACAGGUCAUCGUCGUGGCUUCGGGGAAAGGUGGCGUGGGAAAGUCCACCACCGCAGUGAAUUUGGCUCUCGGAUUAAUGGCCAACGAUUCGUCGAAGUCCGUCGGUCUGUUGGACGCUGACGUCUACGGUCCGUCUAUUCCCAAACUCAUGAACCUGAAGGGAAACCCGGAGCUCUCUGACAACAACCUGAUGGUCCCACUCACCAACUACGGGAUCCCUUGCAUGUCGAUGGGCUUCCUGGUGGAGGACGUCGCUCCCAUCGUCUGGAGGGGGCUGAUGGUGAUGUCAGCGAUAGAGAAACUGCUCAGACAGGUGGACUGGGGGUCGUUGGAUUAUCUGGUAGUCGAUAUGCCUCCUGGGACAGGAGACGUCCAACUGUCAAUUACCCAGAACAUCCCAAUUGCAGGCGCCGUCAUUGUAUCGACGCCGCAGGACAUCGCCCUGCUGGACGCUCGCAGAGGAGCCGAGAUGUUCAAGAAAGUCCACGUGCCGGUUCUCGGCCUGGUGCAGAACAUGAGCGUCUUCCAGUGUCCCAACUGUCGACACCAGACUCACAUCUUCGGCUCCGACGGCGCCCGACAGCUCGCAGACACUCUGGGAGUCCGGUUGUUGGGUGACGUUCCUCUUCAUCUGAACAUCAGAGAGACGUCAGACAGAGGACAGCCAGUGGUCGUCUCCUCUCCCGACAGCCCGGAGGCGGAGGCGUACAGGAAGGUGGCGUCUGCUGUGGUCCAGAGAUUACAGGAAGUCAACACCUGAUUGGCGGCUCCAACAGGAAGUAAACUGGGAACGAACAUAAACAAACAAACAUGUAAACAAACAGAAAUGCACAAACCUGCUGUCGUAACGCACAAUGAGUUCAACCCGAAGCACUACGAGCUACAGUAACUGAGUGAACUGUAUUAAUGCGACAGUGUUACUGAAUAAUGUGAUUAUAUUUAAUUAAACUGUGAUAAAGGCUGUUUAUGAUAUUCUGAAUAUUACAGUGUUUGAAUAUUUAAAAUAACUGCGUAUUAGUAACUGGUUAAUAUUCCAAUGCAGUAUAAAGAAAUGAAUUGCUCAGAUUGGAUCUGUAAUAAGAUUUCUGGACAGACGUUGGGAUUCAAGAAUAUCUCAAAAAUGAAUGUCGUCAACUUAAUAUCUAAUUCUCUGUGUAAUAAUAUAUAGAUGCCUUCACAUUUUUAGCUAUAAAAUGGUUAUUAAACUGAAGCUGAAACAGUCACAGCUCUAUAUAACUGUCACUGUAUCAUGUAUGUCUUUCAGAGGCUGCAGCGAGCUCCGUUUUACAGCUGCAGUGAACAUAAUGUUCUCAUGUGAAACUAACUAACCUAACCUAACGCAUCCAUCGGUACCAACCAUGUCAUGCCAGCAUGUUGGGUUGGCAAAGGACAAAGUUGACCUCUGACCUCAAGAUAUCUGAAUGAAAAUGGGUUCUGUGGGAACUCCCGAGUCUCCACUUUAUGCUACUAGAGUCCAUAAACACUCCACUCUGCUCAAAGGACGGACAGAUAAUAAAUGAAUGUCACCCAUUUGUUUGUGUUUAUGGAUCUGAAUUACUGAAAUUGAAAUGGAUUAAAAUGAUCAUUGAAUUGAUUUAUUCUGGAUGUUUAUUGGUUUAUCUUCAAAUAAACUUCAGUUGCUGUUUUAUUGAAAACGAAAA